UUCUCAGAUCUAUUAUAUUUUCUAUGAAGCUUUCUUCAAGGAAAACCCUUCACAGAAUCUGUUUGAUGUUCCAUGGUAAGAGAAUUUCCCCCACCUGCAUUUUUGGGAUUGAUCCUUCCGAGUAAUUUUUUUGGUUGUGCAUUCUAUUAAGCUUACAGGCAAUAAAUGAUGGUUUUGCUCUCUGUCACAAGAAAUGUGAUUAUCAGAUUCCUUUCUCUUUUAAAAGGCAAUGUGGAGAUGGCUAUGGAGACUUUGUAUGCUAAGGACUACCAAGAAGGGUAUGUAGGGGAUACUGCUGUACCUGGUCUUGGGACACAGGAUCUGCAAGUGUCUAAUCUUCCCAGAGCAAAUUUCUUCAAUCAGGCACUGUUUGAGUGAAUUGCUUUGUGAGAAAUACACCUUUCUCUAUAAUUUUCACUUAGCAGCGAAGGCACAGUUGGCACUGAGUGAUAAGUGCAAUAGAGAAAUCUAAAGUUGCACACGCCCCCAGAGAAGAUUCAAAAACAGCAUCCACUUGAUACGAUAAGUUUCUUUUCCAAACUACAUGCAGUGUACUGCCUUGUUCAUUUCGAUGGGACGUCAUGACAUCUCACCCCCCCCCCGCCCCACGCAUGCCAAUCUUCCCCAUAAAACAGAUGAUGGUUGCCCAGGAUUUUAGGAUGUUCACUCAAAACAAAAAAGUAGUAGGAAGGACAUAGAAUCAACGAAUUACACUGUUGGAAGGGACCAGAAGGGCCAUCUAGUCAAACCCACUGCAAUGCAGGAAUCUAUAGUGCAGUCCUAUAAAUGAAUAUCAGAAAUUGCCUUAUAUAAUUAUGAUAGUAACUCUGUAACUAAUUUUUUUUAAUAAAUGUUGUUUCCCUGGGCUAGAUGCACAGCCAGUUUGAGUACAAAGAGAAAGAGGUGGGGAUUAUCACUGUCUUUUUUUGGAGGACGAAACUGAGAUGGCAUGAUGAGUAAAACAUUUUAUUUGGGCUGAAGAGUUUGAUAUUUUUUAUUUUAGAACCACCAUAAAAGAUAACAAGAUAUAGUUUGAUAUGUAUCAAUAUGAGACAGAAAUGGCAUUUUGUCUACUUCCUGCAUUGUAGAAUUCUCCUCUGAAAUUCCAUACUAACCUCAUUUGCAGCAUGAUAACAAAAUUCUACCAGCACAUCCUGGCCUUGGCAUUUGCGGUAAAAGUGAUUAAUGAGAAUCCCAACCUCUUGCCCAAUGUCACACUGGGCUUCCACAUCUAUGACAGCUAUUAUGAUGCAAGGAUGACCUAUCGUACCACUCUGGACCUGCUCUUUAAAAUGCGUAGAUUUGCUCCCAACUACAAAUGUGAUUCCCAGAAAAACCUCAUUGCCAUCAUUGGAGGACUUGGCUCUGAUACCUCAUUCCAUAUUGCUGACCUCCUAAGACUCUACAAUAUUCCACAG